AUGCAGUUCACCAGCGUCCUCGUAUCCCUUCUUCUCACUACUGCCGUUAUUGGCAUGGAUGGUAACAAGACCAUGAAGGUCAACGAUAAGAGUUAUUGCAAGGAGAUGGCCAGCUUGACCAAGUUGGUGUCUCUUGCAUCCAACGAGACCAGAUUGGCUUCGAAGACCAAGAAUAACUCCACGAAGAUUGCUUCCAUCAAAGGAAAGGCCUCAAAGGCUGCAAUCCAGCUCUCAAAGAUGAGCAGAAACGUCACAUUGGUCUCUACUUGCGCAAAGAUCUCCUCCGCUGCCGAGGACAUCAAGGAUGCCUGCAAGGCCAUGGCCAUCCUGUCCAAGCUGAUCUCCCUUGCUAGUAAUGAGACCAAGCUCGCUGUAAAGACCAAGAACAACGCCACCAAGAUCGCUUCGAUCAAGGAAAAAGUCGCCCAAUCUCAGACUAAGCUCGAUGCUCUGAUGGGCAACACCACUCUCAUGUCUGCUUGCGCAUCGUUCACCUCUUCCAAGAAGUCCAGGUCUAAUGGUACUCGAAAGGCUGCCGCCUCUGAAACAGCCACGGCUGCGGCUGCCUCUGCUUCGGCGAGCAAGACCACGAGUGCUGCCGGUUUGUUGAACGCCCAGACCGGCAUAAUUCUCUCGACGAUGUUCCUCGUAGUUGCAGGUGUCAUGGCUCUGUAA